UUAAUGAUACCUAAAUUAUUAUCCGAAUUCCACAUCGAAUAUUAUAGUUUUUGAUCGGAUCGGUGGACACAAAAACCCGCCAAUACAUCUGACUAGCGUAAUGGGUUGGGCCUGACCCAAGACUUAGAUUGUGAGAUAUGGAGGCUGAGAAAAUGGAAUUGAAGCUCUACAACACGAUGACGCAACAGAAGGAAGUUUUGAUUCCAAUCACUCCCGGCAAAAUCGGAUUAUAUGUCUGUGGAAUCACCGCUUACGAUUUCAGCCAUAUCGGUCAUGCACGCGCCGCCGUUUCUUUUGAUGUUCUUUACAGAUACUUGAAGCAUUUGGGUUAUGAAGUUAAUUUUGUCCGCAAUUUCACUGAUGUUGAUGACAAGAUUAUCAUUCGUGCUAAUGAGAAUGGAGAGGACCCGUUAGAUUUGAGUAAUCGCUUUUGCGAGGAAUAUUUGGUAGAUAUGGGUGCUCUUCAGUGCCUCCUUCCCACCCACCAGCCUCGUGUCAGCGAACAUAUGGACCACAUUAUUAAGAUGAUUGAAAAGAUCAUUGAGAAAGAUUGUGGGUAUGUAGUGGAAGGGGAUGUGUUCUUCUCCGUUGAUAAAUCACCGAAUUAUGGUAAAUUAUCUGGGCAAUUGUUGGAACAUACACGAGCUGGUGAGCGUGUUGCUGUUGAUUCGAGAAAGCGCAACCCUGCUGAUUUUGCAUUAUGGAAGGCUGCUAAACCUGAUGAGCCAAGUUGGGAUAGCCCAUGGGGUCCAGGAAGACCAGGAUGGCACAUCGAAUGCAGUGCAAUGAGUGCUCAUUAUCUGUCUCCGAAAUUCGACAUUCACGGGGGUGGUGCUGAUCUGAAAUUCCCGCAUCAUGAAAAUGAAAUCGCACAAACAUGUGCUGCAUGUGAGGAUAGUGGUGUGAAUUACUGGUUGCAUAAUGGGCAUGUCACUAUCAAUAACGAGAAGAUGGCAAAAUCAAAGAAAAACUUUAAAACGAUUAGAGAAAUCACUGCUAGCUACCAUCCAUUGGCUCUGAGGCACUUCUUGAUGAGUGCACAGUACCGGUCUCCUCUGAGUUUCUCGGCGUCGCAGCUAGAGAGUUCGUCAGACGCUUUGUAUUAUGUUUAUCAGACUUUACAAGAUCUUGAUGAAGAUCUGUCACCAUAUCGAGAAGCAUUGUCUGAAGAUGGUGGAAAAGCUGAACAGACUCCAGAAGGGAAAGACAUCAUUAAGAAGCUAAAAAGUGAGUUUGAAUCAAAGAUGUUAGACGAUUUGAAUACCGCCCAUAUACUUACUGGUGCUUACCAAGAUGCAUUGAAAUUCAUAAACGCUAACCGCAGCAAGCUCAAGAAAAUGCAGAAGAAGCAGCGAAUGUCGAUGCUUGUGUCACUCGUUGAGAUUGAGAAAGCAGCAAGGGAAGUUCUUGAUGUACUUGGUUUGCUCACUACACUGAGCUAUACCGAGGUUUUGAAAGAAAUGAAACUAAAAACUCUAAUAAGAGCAGAAAUGGGAGAAGAAGAUAUUUCACGGGAAAUAGAAGAUAGGAUAACAGCGAGGAACAAUAAAGAUUUUGCGAAAAGUGAUGAGAUCAGAAAGAAACUGACAAGAAAAGGAAUAGCGUUAAUGGAUUUUGGCAAAGAAACUGUAUGGAGGCCAUGCUUCCCUUCAGAGGCUGAUUCCAGCAAUUGAGCAAUGAACAGAGAGAUGGAGAUAGUCGAACGAUUUCUUCAUUUCUCUAACUCUUCUUCUUUAGCCUUUUGUUUGAGGCUCUUUUUCUAUAACUCUGUUUUUGGAAUUGUGCAAUGACUUCUAAAUAUACACUUGUUGCUGUU